AUGACACAAGAAUUCCAAUAAUAUCCUCACCACUUUCCCUUCUUCUAUCAUCAACACGGGCAAAAGGAAGGAUAUUUCAGUAAUUCAAAACUUUCUCAUUAAAUGAGGGUUCGUUUCGGGGUCAUUGCAGUUCCACGCUUGUCUGCCUCUAAACUAUUUGCCCUCCACUGUUUCCGUCUCGUUAAAAGCUAGAAUGGCGCCUCAAACCAGGAGAACGACGUCGUUUCCGCAUGUGAUCAUUGAUCAUGAUACAGACUCUGAACAAAGUUCGUCCGAUGAGGAAGAAGAGCAAGUAGACGAAGAAGAAGAGGACGUUUCAGAGAGAGAUAAUGGAAAGGGAGCCGAACAGUCUUUGGACCCCAAGGAGAAAGGAAAGGCACCAAUCUGUAUUAGUCUCAAGAAAGUUUGCAAAGUAUGCAAAAAGGCGGGACAUGAAGCGGGGUUCAAAGGAGCUACCUACAUUGAUUGUCCAAUGAAACCAUGCUUUCUCUGUAAAAUGCCUGGUCACACUACAAUGUCGUGCCCGCAUCGAAUCGCAACCGAGUUUGGGGUCAUCCCUGCAUCCCAUAAAAGUAGCAGUAACCAAUUGUCUUAUGUCUUUGAGCGCCAGCUUGGACAUACGCGAUCCCAGAUCAAACCAGUGCGUGUCAUUCCAGACCAAGUAAGUUGUGCAGUUAUCAGAUACCACAGCAGACGGGUGACAACCUUGGAAUUUCACCCAACCAAUAAUAACAUCCUUUUAUCUGGAGAUAAGAAAGGGCAAGUUGGAGUGUGGGAUUUUGGUAAAGUAUAUGAGAAGAUUGUAUAUGGAAACAUACACUCGUGUAUAGUCAAUAACAUGAGAUUUAGUCCAGCAAAUGAUGGUACAGUUUAUGCUGCAUCAUCUGAUGGAACCAUCAGCUGCACUGACUUAGAGACCGGGAUUUCAUUGUCCCUUCUGAACCUAAACCCUGAUGGUUGGCAGGGCCCAAACAGCUGGAGGAUGCUAUAUGGCAUGGAUCUUAACAAAGAGAAAAAUGUUGUGCUAGUUGCUGAUAACUUUGGCUAUCUCUACUUGGUGGAUAUUCGCUCCAACAAUAAAACUGGUGAGGCAAUUUUGAUCCAUAAGAGAGGGAGCAAAGUUGUUGGACUCCAUUGUAAUCCUGUUCAGCCAGAUCUUCUAUUGAGUUGUGGGAAUGAUCACUAUGCUCGAAUAUGGGACAUGCGUCGAAUUGAAGCUCGUUCUUCACUAUAUGAGCUAGCACACAAACGUGUUGUUAAUUCUGCAUAUUUUUCUCCACUAUCAGGGAGCAAAAUUGUUACCACUUCACAGGACAAUCGUCUUCGUGUAUGGGACUCUAUAUUUGGCAAUCUGGAUUCCCCAAGCCGAGAGAUUGUACAUAGUCACGAUUUUAAUCGUCACUUAACUCCUUUUCGAGCUGAGUGGGAUCCAAAGGACCCAUCUGAGUCCCUUGUUGUUAUAGGUCGUUACAUAAGCGAAAACUAUAAUGGUGCUGCCCUGCAUCCCAUUGAUUUCAUUGACAUUAGCACAGGUCAACUAGUUGCUGAGGUUAUUGAUCCAAAUAUUACAACUAUCAGCCCUGUGAACAAGCUACAUCCACGUGAGGACAUUUUGGUAUCCGGUAGUUCAAGGUCUCUUUUCGUCUGGCGGCCAAAGGAGUCUGAGAGCGUGGAACCGAAAGAUGAAGGAAAGAUUGUAGUUUGUGGUAAAGAUAUGAAGCGCGGUGGUGGUCAUGGGAAUGAAAGCGAUAAUUCUGACGGUGACACAUUCAGCCCCAAGGGAAAGAACUUGAAGAGCAAAAAAUCCAAUCUUAAAUCUUACAAGUCUACUAAUAAGAAGUUCAAACACUAAUACGAGAGAGGCAUUCCCGGUCCUUCCUGAUUUUGGGAUUCCUGCUCUUUUUUGUGAUUCUCGAGCUCCUUUUGGCAGUUUCCAUCUCUCAAGCCUGCACAUAUUUUUCACCCCUUUUGUACCUAGGUGGGCGUUUUGCUUCUCGUGUAUUAUAAGUUAACUAGCAUUUGGAUAUCUAAACACUUCACAGCCUUUUUGGCCCCCCACAAGUGCAAAGAUGCACUAGUAUGUAUCUAUUUUGCCGCAGAAAGAGUAAAGCUGGACUUUUUGUUCACUA